UUUAACUCGAUCGUGUACAAUAAUAUUGCACACAAACAUGGCGAGCAGACAGGAAGAAAACGAACCAUUAUUGAACAAUCAUUGUCAAGAUGAAUAUCAUGAGGAAGAAGAAAUUAUACCAACUGCCCCUCCUGUGCACGCUGUAGCAAAUGUCCAAAAUGCAGAUCUUGGUCCACCUUCAGAACCUCCCCCAUUUGAUGCGACACCUCCCCCGCCUAUCAUGCCGGGAGAGGAUCCUCCGCCAUACACCCCCGGACCACCAGGAGCUAUGCCCAUGAUCAACUGCAGAGUUUGUCAAGCUAUGAUCAGCUUGGAAGGAAAGAUGCAUCAACAUGUUGUCAAGUGCAGUGUGUGUCUAGAGGCAACGCCAAUAAAGGAAGCACCACAAGGAAAGAAAUAUGUCAGGUGUCCAUGUAAUUGCCUUCUCAUCUGCAAGGCAUCAUCUAAGAGGAUCGCGUGCCCAAGGUCGAACUGCAAACGCAUUAUCAACCUCCAGUCUACGGUGUUCCCUGCUAAUGCCAGUGCUCCAUCAACUCUUACUACCAUAUCUGGCUACAGAGUGGUAUGUGCUCACUGCAACCAGUGGUUUAGGUUUCCUCACCACUAUGCCUUGGCCAGAUGUCCGUACUGCCGGAAAGUUUCAUCAGUUGGGCCAAGUUAUGCCAAGAAUCGUUGCAUAGUUUACGCUGUGUUGGGAAUCGUCUUUCUGGCUGCAGGCAUUGGAGUCACUAUUGGAACAGUUACAUUGGCACGAGAGCAAGGAGGAAUUUAUUUUGUAUGGAUUGGUGCCUUUAUUGUGGCCAUCUUGAAUUUCAUGAGGUCUUGCUACUAUGGCAGCAUGAAAGUGAGCAACAUAGAGAACGAAUGAAGGCACUGGAUUUUCAACGACAGCAAGUAUAUGAAUCUGAAGGUCAUUCUCACCAUGAUUUACACUCCUACAUCGCUCUUGGAAAUGUUGAAGCAUCACAAGAAGCUUUAUGGGAGUUCAAUGUGUAUGCGAAUCCAACCAUUCGGUGACAUUCAAAGAAUGCUCAUUGUAAUGUUUAUAAGCUUUGAAUUACUGGCUUUUGAAAAACCAACACAAGUGAUUUUACAUCAGGGGAAUGCCAUGUAGGAUUAUAAACAGACAUUUUGACUACCGGUAACUUCUACCAAUUUAUCGAUCAAAUUACCGAUGAAAGCAGUUGUUAUUCGUCAAUGAGUGAUAAUUUCUUGUUGGUCAUAUGUGAUAUAAAAAUGCCCCACAUGAACUCAGAUGUUAUAUGUAUAAUAGUAUCUGUUUCCUAUAAAUAAUUCCUUGAGUGGGCAGGGAAUUGAGCAUUACUCAGACUUUUGUAUUGUAUGACACUGUAUCAACUGUGCAAAGGAACAUAUAUGUAUGAUAUUGUCUUAGUACAUUUAGGCAUAAAACUACUUCAAAAUAUCCUUUUAUAUCCUGUAUAAAUACAUAAUCUGGUAAUUUCAACUGUUUCUUAUAAAAAAAAAUGCAUUUGAAAAAUGCAUGUACUUAUGAAUUGAUAUUGUAAGGACAACAAAGUUGAUAUGGUAUAUAAAAUGGCUUAGAUGAGCUUUGUCUUGUUAAUAUAUUAUAUUUACUGACGUACUUCUUUUUAAUAAGGUCAAUAAGGACAGAAAAUGUAUCAAUUAAUAAACUGAAUGUGUACAAAAAUAAGAGUGUAUGGUAGAAUAUUGAAGUAAAUUUAAUUACACUUCAAUCAAAACAUUUUUAUAUACCAGUAUAUAUAUAUGCUAGUGUUGCUACUCAUAUACUUAAUUUUUCAAGUUACAGUGUACAGUAUAUAACUUGCUCAUUGCAAUUGUAACAUGAAAGUGCAAAGUUGUGAUUGGAGAAUUUUAACGUGAUCAAUUUUUUUAUACUUCCUUCUGAAUCAUUUGUUGCAAUGGUUUGCCCAUGUGUUCAUAAUACUUUGUGUUAUGAAGCUAAUCAGCAAGUCCUCUAAUGAGAACAAAAAAUAUAUAUGAAUAUAUAUAUUUAUAGACUAUACAGGUCAUUCGAGCUGUGACAGCAAUGCAUCAAACCUAUUUAAUAUUAUCUUUAAGCCCCUCUUCCAAACCUGUAUUUUUCUGUCAACAGUUACAUGUACAAGCUGAAAUGAUCAAUACAUGUAGCUAAAGUUGCCCAUUCAUACACAAAACAACUAGAAAGCUUAUGAUUAGUUAUACUUUUCAUACAAAUGAAUAAAAUGAAAAAUUGCAUCUGUAUUGUUUUCUUAUGUAAGAAAAACAAACUAAAUGACAUUUAUUGAAUUGUUGGGAGCUAUUUGCUUUAAUAUCCAAAUCCUGUGAUAUUGCUAGUGUCAAAACCAAUUUAAUGAACAUGGUUUAAUUUUUACUUCAAUGCAGAGUCUAACAACAUAAAAAGUAAGUAAAUGCACAACCCCUCAAAACAAAUAAGUUUGUCCGUCAUACUUGUUAUAGAUUUUGUCCAUGCUAUGCUUGAUUGGGGGUAGGUUAAUCAUUGUGAUAUUGUUGAUUUUCAAGACCAUGGAGUUCACCUCGAAAGCACAUGAUCAUUCCAUUGGAUGGUUCAAUAUAUUUUCAUCAUCUUCCAACUUAUUCAUUCUCAUUGACUUACAUACUACAUGGAGGUAGUAAAUGACAGAAUAUCUGAGUA